UCGAUACGAAGUCGGAUAACAAUAUCGGUGUUACAGUACACUUACUACAAUCCUUCUGAUCAUCUCUCUCUUCCUGACAGCAAAACAAUGGCUGAUAUUCCGAUCAGAUUCGGAAUCAUUGGGUGUGCCGAGAUAGCCCGCAAAGUUUCUCGAGCUAUCCAGCUUGCUCCUAACGCCACUGUCUCCGCCGUUGCCAGCCGCUCCUUUGACAAAGCCGCCAAUUUCGCCAAGGCCAAUGGCUUCCCACCUGACACCAAGAUCUACGGCUCCUACGAGUCCCUUCUUGACGACCCCGACAUCGACGCCGUUUAUUUGCCUUUACCCACUAGCCUCCACCUCAAAUGGGCUGUUUUGACGGCUCAGAAAAAGAAGCAUCUGCUCACGGAGAAGCCCGUCGCCUUGAGCGUGGCCGAGUUUGAUCAGAUUCUAAAGGCUUGUGAAGAAAACGGGGUUCAGAUUAUGGACGGUACCAUGUGGGUGCAUAAUCCCAGAACCUAUAAAAUGAAGCAGUUUUUAAACGACAAGGAGCAGUUUGGUCAGCUUAGAACGGUAAACAGUUGCUUCACAUUUUUUGCCGAUCCGGAUUUUCUCAAGAAUGAUAUUCGAGUGAAGCCAGAUCUUGAUGCUCUUGGAGCUCUUGGUGAUGCCGGGUGGUAUGGCAUCAGGUCAAUCUUGUGGGCAGCUGACUAUGAGCUACCGAAAACUGUUACAGCCUUCCGAAAUCCAGUUCUAAAUGAAGCAGGUGUACUACUAGAGUGUGGAGCUUCACUACUCUGGGCAGAUGGCAAAAUUGCAACCUUCCAUUGUUCUUUCUUAUCAAAUUUAACAAUGAAUCUCACUGCUAUAGGAACAUUGGGAACACUACAUCUUACAGAUUUCAUCAUUCCUUACCAAGAACACCAGGCCUCAUAUACUACGUCCGCAAAACCUGGAUUUAACGAACUUGUAACCGGAUGGGUGCAACUUCCGAGUGAGCACACUGUCACUGUAGAUCUACCUCAGGAAGCCUGCAUGGUGAGAGAGUUUGCCAGCUUGGUUGCAAAUAUUAAAAAGAAUGGAGCACAACCGGAUAAAAAGUGGCCGACAAUCAGCCGGAAGACACAAUUGGUUCUGGAUGCUGUGAAGGCGUCGAUGGAGAAAGGUUUUCAACCUGUUGAAAUUGUGGGUUAAUAUGUUUUUAUCAUUUGAUUGAGCUUUAUCUAUGCUUGUUUGAAUUAUCUGUUUUCCCACGGGACUGCAUGUUGUGCAUUUGCUUUGUAGCAUGAAAUUUGAACUUAAUUUUAGUGAUUUACUCCAAACCAUCUAUUUUAGUUAUUUAAAA